GUGGCGCUGUCAAACUGUGAAAGAUGCAAGCGACCGGGUCGAAAUUACUGCUGCCAACAAUUUGCAAAUUUCUGGCUAUAUUCUGCAUAAUUAUUACACAGAACCAUGUGGCGGCCAACGUGAAUCCCAGUGCUAUCGGCGUGCAUAGACGGUUUGAGUACAAGUACUCGUUUAAGCCGCCAUAUUUGGCACAAAAAGAUGGCACCGUACCGUUCUGGGAAUACGGGGGAAAUGCCAUCGCCAGUGCGGAAAGCGUACGCGUGGCGCCCUCGUUGCGCUCACAGAAGGGCGCCAUCUGGACAAAAUCACAGACCAACUUUGACUGGUGGGAUGUGGAGAUUGUCUUCCGCGUAACGGGACGUGGCCGUAUCGGAGCCGACGGUCUGGCCUUCUGGUAUACUACGGAGAAGGGUGACUAUAAUGGUGCUGUGUUUGGCUCCUCCGAUCGCUGGAACGGCCUGGCCAUCAUCUUUGAUUCGUUCGACAACGACAACAAGCACAACAAUCCAUACAUCAGCGCUGUGGUCAACGAUGGCACCAAGCAGUACGACCAUGCCAAUGAUGGUACGACGCAGUUGCUAAGCGGCUGCUUGAGAGAUUUCCGUAACAAGCCCUUCCCCACGCGUGCUCGCAUCGAGUACUACAACAAUGUGCUCACCGUGCUCAUCCACAAUGGCAUGUCGAACAACAAUGAUGACUACGAGAUGUGCCUGCGCGCCGAUGGUGUGCAGCUGCCCAAGCACGGCUACUUUGGCAUUUCAGCGGCAACUGGCGGCCUGGCCGAUGAUCACGAUGUGUUCCACUUUUUGACCACAUCGCUGCAUGCUGCCGGCCAAGUGCAGGAACCACCAAAGGUGGACAAUCAGGAGAAGUUGACGCAAGAAUACAAGGAAUACCAGGACAAACUGGAGAAGCAAAAGCAGGAGUACAAGAAAGACCAUCCGGAUGAAGCACACAAAGACCAAGAGGAAGACUGGGAAGAGUUUUACGAGUCGGAGAAUCAGCGCGAGUUGCGUCAAAUCUGGCAGGGUCAGAGCCAAAUAGCUGAGCAUCUGCGUGAAUUGUCGCGUAAGGUUGACGAGAUCAUUGGCCGCCAGGAGAACACGCUGUCUCUAGUCUCGCGUGGCCUGGCUGCCAAUGCUGGUCAAGCUUUGCCACCGCCAGCGGCUGGCAGCGUGCCCCUGCAGCAGCUACCCGCUGGCGUUGGUGUCACGCGGCAAGAUGUGGAUUUACUGAUUGCCAAUCAGAACAUUCUGCUCAGCACCAUACGCGAAAUACGCCAGCUUGCGGGAGAUAUCAAUGUGCGCACUGAUAAUAUACAAAUCAAUCAGAAGAACGCGCCCACAGCGCAAAUUCAGUCUACGGGCUACGAUGUCCAAACGUUGAUAGCCGAGAUGCGUGAUGGCAUGAAUCAGGUCAAGCAGGGCAUCUCGCAUGUGGGCCAAAGAUUGGGUAUGCCACAGGGCUCGGCCCAGGUGGCACCUUGUCCCACCGGAAGCUGCGUGGGUGUCACGUUAUUCCUUAGCGUCACCGUUGUGCAACUGCUGCUAGUAUUUCUCUACAACAUAUUCAAAAAUCGCAGCGAGGCGCAAGCGAAAAAGUUCUACUAGGCUUUCGGCUCAGCACGCAAAACGAACACACACACACACCUGAUUAGGCGACAACUAAAUUUAGUUGAAAUGAAAUACUGAAGACUUCAGCUUAGAUUGCUCUACAAUAUUGUAUAAUUGUUUUUUUUUUUACGUAGACCCAAUUGAUUCAAGCCAGGUCUCCAAAAUUGUAUGUGACUUAAUUUGAAACCGAAACUGAACAAGUAACUAGAACAAUGAAGAAGCCUCAUGACAAAAGCCACAAGACAAAUUUCUUGCAGUCCUAGUUCACUAGUAGAUCCCAUACCCCCAUUACAUAUAUAUAUAUAUUGUGUUUGUAACCUAUCUGUUUUAGCCAAGUCUAAAGUUUCGGUCUACUCUCAAAACUGUGCAUAUCAGUGUGUACAGCCGUGAACUCUGCAUUUCAAUAUAAAAAAAAAAGAAAACAAAACAUAAACAAAUAAAAUAAAAUAAAAAAUGUAAAACCGUA